ACACACUAGCCUCCUCUGUGUUUGUAGCUCCGUUAGCUCCUCUGUCAGUGAGUUAGUCGUGCAGCCUUGUGUCUCACAGCCGGCUGCAGGAGGCGACCAGAGGAGGAGGAAGGAGUAAGGAGGAGGCUUUGUCAUUUUAGCAACUAACAGAUAUACCUGCGGAGAUGUGUAACAAGCUGCACUGGACACUGAGGAUCUACCUGGCAGCCAGUCCAUCAGCUGACAGCUGUCACCGCACCUGAGCUAUUAUUUUAUUUAGGGCUAGGUGAGCUAGCGGCUAACAAGUGUGUGUGUGUGUGUGUGUUUUCGGGGUCACAGCUCGGCUAAUUAAUCCAGCAAAGUGCUGCUGUCGGUGUUGUUAUUUUCUAAACAACAUAUCAGCCGGUUUUCAGUUUGAAACGAUGAGUUAAAUCCUCCUCUUAACGCCGUGUUUGUCAUAUUUACAAGAGGCUAAGUGGAGAAGCUAAUUUUUUUUUUUUAGCUCGAAGCUAACUGACCGUGUUUCAUUCAAACACUGAGAAACAGCUGAAACAUUUAUUUGGAAAAAAACCAAGAGAAAAAGAAGAAAUGAAGAAGUUUUUUGAUUCUCGUCGGGAGCUGGUGAGCUCCGGGCCUGGCUCUGGAGUCGGCGGCGGUGGCGGCGGCUGCGGCGGCGGAGGAGGAGGCUCCGGAUCCGGCGGCGGAGGCAGCUUCAUCGGACGCGUCUUCAGCAUCGGACGGUAUCAAGUGACCGUGGAGGAAAUAGUGGCUGAAGGAGGUUUCGCCAUCGUUUUUUUGGUGCGCACUCAUCAAAACUUACGUUGUGCACUCAAAAGGAUGUACGUCAACAACGAACAUGAUCUGCAAGUCUGCAAACUUGAGAUACAGAUUAUGAGGGACCUAGUGGGCAACAAAAACAUAGUUGGUUUCCUGGACUCCAGCAUAACUGCGGUUGGAGCUGGCGAUGUGUGGGAAGUCCUAAUCUUAAUGGACUUCUGUCGAGGUGGGCAGGUGGUUAACCUCAUGAACCAGCGGUUGCAGACAGGAUUCACCGAAGCCGAGGUGUUACAGAUCUUCUGUGACACGUGCGAAGCGGUCGCUCGUCUCCACCAGUGCAAGAGUCCAAUCGUCCAUCGAGAUCUCAAGGUGGAAAAUAUUCUUCUGCACGACCGGGGACACUAUGUGCUCUGUGACUUCGGGAGUGCGACUAACCAUUUCCAAAACCCUCAAACAGAGGGGGUGCCAGUCGUGGAGGAAGAAAUCAAAAAAUACACUACUUUGUCAUACCGUGCUCCAGAGAUGGUCAACCUCUAUGGUGGGAAGAUCAUCACAACAAAGGCGGACAUUUGGGCCAUGGGUUGUCUGCUCUAUAAGCUGUGCUACUUCACGCUCCCUUUCGGGGAGAGCCAAGUGGCCAUCUGCGACGGAAGUUUCACCAUCCCAGACAACUCCCGCUACUCCCAGGACAUGCACUGUCUCAUCAGAUACAUGCUGGAACCUGACCCAGAUAAGAGACCAGACAUCUACCAAAUAUCCUAUUUCGCCUUUAAACUUGCUCGACGAGAGUGUCCGGUCCCAAAUGUACAUAAUUCACCUAUUCCUGCAAAACUUCCUGAGCCCAUCAGAGCCAGCGAAGCGGUGGCCAAAAAGAGUCAAACCAAAGCCAGGCUCACAGACCCCAUUCCUACCACGGAAACCUCAAUUGCACCACGGCAACGACCCAAGGCUGGCCAGGCUCAGCCGCAGCCGAUAUCAGGCAUUCUUCCCAUCCAGCCAGCCCUCACCCCACGCAAGAGACCCAGUGUGGCUUCUGGACCACCCCAGGCUAUAGGUGUUGGUAUCAGUGUCCCACCGCCGGCUGCAGCUGCCGUCCAACCUGCUCAGCAGGCUCCCGCUGCACAGGCCGCACCGCAGCCAGCUCAGCCCGCCAACAUGCAGCCGCCACAGGCUACACCGCAGCAUCAGCAGCUCCUCAUGAAGCAGCAGCAGGCCUUCUUAAGUCCACAGAGUAACCAGCAGCAUCAACUGGUACAGAGCCUCCACCAUCACCAACACCAGCAACACCAACACCAGCAGCAGCUAACAGCGUCUCAGGCGGCUACCCUGCUGCAGUCCAAAGCUAAGACUCCAGUUGUUGCCCUGCAAAUGCAACACCAGCAGCAGCAGCAGCAUGUAGUCGCUGUCCAUGAAACCGCGGUUUCUCAUCUGACCCCCAUCCCUGAGUCUGCAGUCGUUGGUCCUGCAGCUGACCCUGAGACCACCGGUCGAGGGAUUCACAAAGUCGGCUCGUUGACACCCCCCUCGUCGCCAAAGACGGCCCCUAAGAGCGGCCACAGACGCAUCCUGAGCGAUGUCACUCACAGCACCGUGUUCGGGGUGCCGGUCAGCAAGUCCACACAGCUACUCCAGGCAGCCGCAGCUGAGGCCAGCCUCAACAAGUCCAAAUCAGCCAGCACUACUCCUUCUGGCUCCCCCUGCUCGUCCCAGCAGAGCGUGUAUCAUCCAGGUGAAGUUGAUGCUCAAGCAGCACUUACCGCACCAAGCACUCAGCCCAGCUGGAACCCCUUUGGGGACGAUAACUUCUCCAAGCUAACGGCAGAGGAGCUGCUUAACAAAGACUUUGCAAAGCUAUCUGAGACUGCUGCACCAGGAGAGAAGUCCAUGGGCUCCAGUGAAGAUCUCAUUCCAGGACUCAAUGCUUUUCCAGAGAAGCUGAUUGAGGGACUGAAGUCCCCUGAAACUUCUCUGCUGCUCCCUGACCUCUUAACCCUGGCUGACCCCUUCAAUAGUUCUGCUGAGAACUCCACCAAUGCAAAGACAGCGGUGUGUGUGGACUCACUGAUUCCUGGUUUGGAAGCCCCCCAGGCCCAACGACACUCAGGCCAGCCAGAGCUCGUCCCUGCCAGCAUGCCAGACUCUCUCACUGGGACUGAGGACUCUCUGCUGGGUUGCGAUCUGUUAUCUCAUACUUCUCCUCACGGAAACCAGUCUGUUUCUGCUCUCCCUUCCUCCUCCUCCUGCACCUCUGCUCCUCCUGGCUCCGGCUCUGGAUCCUGUCUGGAGGAGCUGCCACCCGGUCAGACAGCUUCUGACUCUGCUUUCCUCAUGUCGUGUGGGGAGAAGGGCAAUGACGACGAGUUUGACCCUAUUCCUGUGCUCAUCUCCAAAAACUCAAAUCAAGAUGUGCAAGAGGAGAGCAAUGGCUACUCUGUGCUCGGUGAGGGACAAGAGACUGAACCUCCACAAGAAGAACCUCAAACAAACGAGGGAUGUGUGCACUCCAGCGACGAAGACGAGGAGAAAGAAGCCAAUAAAGAAGAUCAGAAGGUGGAGGGAGCUAUUGAUGCAGCGGCCCACGACUGCAGCGGCUCCAUGCCUCUGCUGAUGGACUCUGAGGAUGAAGAAGAACCUCAGUUAGCCCUGCACUCGGCACCGACACAACCGUCUACUACCUUCCACCAAGCUACCCCGAGCACCUUCGCUCAGAAUCAUUCCCAGCAUGCACACGAGCCAGCAAAGGGGGCGGAGGUCGCUGUAGAUGUUUUCUCCAAAGCCCCCUUUCGGAUCGGGCAGGAAGACUCGUGCGACGUCUUCGCCAAUGCUCCGUUUCCACGCGCCCCGCUUUCGGCCCAGCAGCAGCUCGACGUGUUCUCUCAGGCUCCCUUUGGAAAAAGAAAGGAGGCUACGGGAACUCCGCUCAAGACACCGUACCCUCAUCCAGCUGCAGUUCAAAGUGUAACCCUCGAUCAAGGUGCGCUGGGACAAGUUGCCCAACAGCCGUUCCGCCCGCAAGCUCUGGCCAAAUACUCCCGCCACUUUGAGGGACCUGUGCCCCAGCAGCCAGUAGCAGCUCACAGAGUGGUGUCUAACGUGAGCAGGCAAGCCGCUGUGGCGUCAGUUCCCGUUGGACCCCUUCACUCAUGGACCUCAGAAGUGAGCGCCGUAGACCCUUUCGUCUCUGCACCCUUUCACCUCAAGGCCCCUCAAGAAAAGCCCUGAACCGACACACAUGGGGAGGUCAGGGAGGGGGGCGGCGGGUGUUGGCGCCACUGAAUUAUGCAAACUAUAACAGGCAUACUGCAUGCUGUCACCAGCGCUGCAGCUGGACUGCAGGCCUGCAUGGAUCUCAUCCUUAAACUGGCUCCAAUUAGUCCUGAUAGUGCUAAGGUCAUCUUUACACUUGAAUGCUCCAUUAGAGUAAGAAAACUGACAUCAUUCCCUUUUUAUUUCCUCCCUCCGUUACAUCCUUUCACCUCUCUGGACAGUCCUUAAAUCCUUUUGGUACGUACAGCUACACAAAGUCAACACGGUUGGUCAAGCAUUUGAUUGUUUUCUUGCCUACCUCAGUUACCUUCUGCGUCAGCGCUAUAAUACCACGCGGUGAGGGAGUUUGGUAGAUCGUCUGCAGCUUUUUUUGGCAGUUUCAUUUCCUGUAUAUUUGAGCUGUACUGUGAAACUAUGAUCCGACAACGCCUCACUCACUCCACCUCCAUUGCAUUAGUCACACGGGAAGCACAGAUUCAGCUCGAAUCAAAAGAUCAUGACUUCACAGGAGCUUGAGAGGAGAAGACACUGUAUAUCGAGUGAAACGCAUCCGCGGACGCUCGACACUAUUGUGACGUUUUCCGUGACAUGACUGUCUGCAGUUACAUUAAUAAACAGAAGAUUUUGAACAGCCUUACAGUCGAAGCCCUCAAAGUCAGCCGUUUCGAGGCCUUUACGCUCGACAGUUUGUCGUGAAAGCAGAUGCUGGAUAAUGAUUCAUGGACAUUUCAAGGAUGUUUGCAUUCUUCUCACAUGUGUUAUGUUUGUGGUCACUGUCCUGUCUGACGAAAAUGGAAUAUCAGUGUUUGUUCCAUGUAACUUACGAAGCGUAUAAUAAACGUUAGGCAUAGAAGAUGCAUUAUAGUAGUUCCUAUGUUAUUUAGACGUAGACGUUUAGUUUCUCCUUACUUUACAAGAUAUCUCUGAAGCCUUACACGAAUCCCUCCGACCACAUCAGACGGCACGAAUCACUUUUGCCUUUUGUGCCCUGCUGCAUUCAUUCAUCUUUUUUUUUUAUUUUAUUGCACUUGCAUUCACCACCAAAUAAAAAACAAUCAUGUACAACCUCCUCCUGCUGUCCGCAGUACGCUAAAGCACCAAGGCGUUCGUCCAACUCUUUAAAUGCAUCUCUAUCGUAGACAUCACUAUUACUGUGUGUUAACUGUGACUCGCACUGUAUGAACAGCUGAAGUGAGAAACUUUGCAAACUUAAAAAUAAAAAAGCUUUCCUGCAGUCACAGAUGUCUACAGCACUUAUGCAGCAGUUCCAAGUCAGGGAUUGUAAAAGUAAUAUCUUGUAAGAGAGAGAUUUUGAAUGGUGACUGAUUGAUGACAUUCCUUCUUUUUUUAUUUAUUUCCAUCACCAUUUGGGAAUAUUUUAUUGUCUUUGUGCUUUGUAAAAUCAUUUUUUUGGUUCCCACCAUGGCACUUUUAAGAAAAAGGGGAUCCAAUCUGUUUCAACCCAAAGUUUAAUUCAUGUAUUCAUCUGUUGCAAUGUAAAAUCCUCAGUUUUCUUUUUGAAGUGUACAAUCUUUUGUUUUUGUUUUUUUUAUAAAUGCUCACCUUUCUCACCCAACUUGUAUACAUGAAGGUUGCACAUAGUCACUGACACAGAGUCAGGGUUCCCUAAGAAUGUGUUUUGAUUGUAACACAGCUGUAAAAAAAAAAGAAAAAAAAAAGUAUUUUGUCUUUGGAGGAUUCAACAUGUUGGACAAAACAAACAAACAGAAAAAAAAAAGCACUCGAAAUACUUGUUAUGCUGCACAGCCUGCCUUUGAAAAGUAUGUUGUAAGUCAUUAAAAUACUAUUAAAUGAAUGUAAAUCAAA